AUGAGUGCAAUGAAUAAAAUACAAGAGGAGGAUGUUGUAGAGAAUGAUGUUUGGUGGACACAGGCUGAGAGAAGUAUCUUAGCUGGUCGCCGCCGAGGCUCCGCUUUCUGUUGCCGUUGGGGUCGCCCCGGCCGCGCGCUCGCAGCUCCCCGCGCAGCAGCCGCGCCGCGUCGGCGCCGUCCCGGGGCCUCAGUGCUGGGCGGGAAGCCCUGGCCCCGGGACCGGGGCAUGGGCCAGGGGCGCGGGCUGGUGAAGACGCACAACCUGCUCACCACCAGGAACUACAUCUUUGGGUACCAGCCCCACGGCAUCAUGGGCCUCAGUGCCUUCUGCUACUUCAGCACAGAGGCCAUGGAAGUGAGCAAGAAGUUCCCUGGCAUAAGGCCCCACCUGGCCAAGCUGGCCGGCAACUUCCGGAGGCCAGUGCUGAGGGAGUACCUGGUGUCUGGAGGCAUCUGUCCUGUGAACCAGGACACAGUAGACUUGCUUUCAAAGAAUGGGCGUGGCAAUGACAUCAUCAUCGUUGUCGGGGGCGCGGCCGAGUCCCUGAGCUCCACCCCCGGCAAGAACGCGGUCACCCUGCGCCACCGCAAGGGCUUAGUGAAACUGGCCCUGCGCCAUGGAGCCGACCUGGUUCCUUUCUACUCCUUCGGGGAGAACGUGUACAAGCAGGUGAUCUUUGAGGAGGGUUCCUGGGGCCGCUGGGUCCAGAAGAAGUUCCAGAAGUACAUCGGCUUCGCCCCGUGCAUUUUCCAUGGCCGAGGCCUCUUCUCCUCUGACACCUGGGGGCUCCUGCCCUACCUGAAGCCCAUCACCUCCGUCGUGGGUGAGCCCAUCACCAUCCCCAAGCUGGAGCACCCAACCCAGCAGGACAUCGACCUGUACCACACCAUGUACAUGGAGGCCCUGGUGAACCCCUUCUACAGGCACAAGACCAAGUCUGGCCUCCCGGGGACUGAGGUCCUGGAGUGA